AUGGAAAGUCAGCAUGCAAAAAAUACUCCCAGGGUGGGUACCGGCAACGGAGAAUCCCACACUCCCGCUUCGGCGGGGGAUCGGGCCAGGUAUACUGGGGGCCCUAAACAUGCUAUGGAGAAGGUGAGGAGCGGAUCAAACGACGACUUAAGCAAGAAAACGGCAUCAGAUAGGCACGACGUGAUGGUUAUGUUGACGGCAAGUGAAGGAGAAGGCUCGCGGGCGACUACGCCCGUUUCUACUGGCUCUGCAACUGGGUUCUUCCGGAGGCAUCCAGGUCCAGGCAGUGGGACCGAUGACAUGAGUGGCGAUGAGACCGCCGCUUCAUUGGACAAGGACAGUGACGACUCGAAAAGGGCUCGUUUCCUGCGCAAGAGGCGUGGUGGCGAGGACAGCCCUGAGAAGGACAAGGGAGCGGCGAAAAACCGAUCUUCUUCUAAACGUGGGAGGGGCAGGCCCCCCACGACUGGUGAAUACGCUGGCCUGGCCAAGGCCAAACAGGAUUUUCUGGACGUAGAACAGCGGGCCCUGGAGGUCGAGGCCGAGCGCCAAAUCUUGGAAUCGGCUAAGAGGAUUCCACUGGUUCCACGGGUUCUGGUGGACCGGAUGUCAGAAUCCUCUUUCAACUUGGACGUCACCAUGGCAGAGAAGGAGGAGGUCACGACGGCGAGACUUGGGUCGGUGAUUACCACCAGCCUAGAGGUCAUCAGCGACGUGGCCAAAAAAUCUAAGAAUUUGAAGGGGACAUCAGUGGCGGCCCUUAAGCAGGCAACAAGUGCCAUACAGGAGGCGUGUGUGGCCCUCCUUAAUCACUCGGCGUCCACCGAAACAAGAGCUCUGGAGAUGGCUAAUGCGCGCCUCUCCAGAGAGCUAGAGGAAGUGAAAAAGGAACUGGAGACUGUCAAGCGCAGACUGGCUGACGCCCCUCCACAACCUGCUCCCAUCAAUCAGGAGCUUAAUAUAGAGGAGUUGCUGCAGCGGGCCGUGCGCGAGGCGGUCUCUGUAACCAGCGCCCGAAUGGAUGCGCGACUGGAGGGCUUAGAGGCCCGACUCUUACCGGAGCCGCGCCUGCGUCCGCCUUUGGCCGCGGACAACAAGAGGAAGGACAAGGCAGGCCCUGCCAUCACACUUGAGGGACCGCCUCCAAUUGAGAAGAGGACGCCUUCGCCGGAGCCAACAGUUUCCACCUUAAUGCCUCCGACGAAUCCCGGUCCAGCGCCGAAAAAGGCAAAGAAAAAGAAAAAGACGACUGCCGCCGCUGUUGAAGCGGCAGCCGCGAGACGCGAUGCGGCUGCAACAACGGCGGCACCACAACCCGCCUCCACUUCUGAGUGGACACGGGUCGUCAAGACAGGGAAGGUAACGAAUAAGAAAGAAGAGGAGAAGUCGCAGAAGAAAGGAAAGAGGAAAAGGCAUAGAAGGAAGCAGAAGUUGCGCGCGCCGAAGUCUGCGGCUGUCGUUAUAACUUUGAUGCCGGACGCGGAGAAGAGAGGCGUCUCUUAUAAAGACGUCCUCGAGAGGGCAAAACAGCGUCUAGACCUCCCGGCACUUGAAAUUCCGGCGGUUAAAUUCAAGCAGGCCGUGACCGGGGCUCGUUUAUACGAAGUUUCGGGUACGGCUUGCCAGGAAAAGGCCGACGCCCUCGCGGGGAAGUUAAGAGAGAUUCUCGGGGAGGACGAUGUCCGUAUCUCCCGACCGCAGAAGUGCGCCGAGUUGAGAGUCUCGGGGAUGGAUGACACGGCCACCCCGACAGAGAUCGCGGCAGCCAUUGCUCGUCCAGGCAACUGCCGCGUCGAGGACGUCAAGGUCGGCGAGAUCCGCCUGGACCGGAGUGGCCGCGGAACGGCGUGGGUGAAGUGCCCCGUCGAAGCCGCAAAACUGGUGACGGCUCCCGGCACCAAAGUUUACGUCGGGUGGUUAGUGGUGCGCGUAACUCUCCUGGCUGCGCGCACCAUGAGGUGUUACCGCUGCCUCGAAACGGGGCACACAAGAGCGACAUGCCCCUCGGAAACUGAUCUCAGCAAGCUCUGUUUCCGCUGCGGACAGUCCGGACACCAGACUGGAACGUGUGGAAAUCCGCCUCACUGCGCUCUGUGUGCAUCGAAGGGGAAGCCGGCGGACCACAUUGUGGGGAGCAAACCGUGCUCAAAGUCUGCCCCCACUAAAAAGAGAAGCGGCUCUAAAAAGAGCCAAGAGACUAAGGAGCUCGCCACAACAGCUACGGCGGCUUCUGGUGCUAGAGAGAGUAACCUGAAUCACUGCGCUCAGGCGCAGGACUUGUGGGUUCAGGCGAUACUGGAGCGGAGGGUGGAUGUCGCCGUUGUUGCUGAGCCAUAUCGGGUCUUGGCUAGGGACGACUGGAUUGGGGACGUCGACUCGUCUGUCGCCGUGGUGCUCGGCUCCAAUAUCGUGCCUCCUUCUUCGGGGAACACGACUCGGGGCCAAGGAUUUGUCGUGGUCGGUCUGAGGGCGCUUACCGUUGUGGGGGUAUAUUUCUCCCCCAACAGACCGUUGGCGGAAUUCGAAGCUUUGCUUCUUCGACUCACCGCAUACAUCGAGGGGUCAUCGCCUCCUGUAGUCGUCGCCGGGGACUUCAAUGCGAAGUCCACGCUAUGGGGUUCUCCGGCGACGAAUGCAAGAGGCCGCGUGGUAGAAGACUGGCUGAUCACAACCGGUCUAGUGGUGGCGAAUCGCGGCGCGGUCAGUACGUGUGUCCGCCGCCAAGGCGAGUCGAUCGUCGACCUGACCCUGGUCAGUUCAUCGAUAGCCCGACGAGUCAGUGACUGGCAGGUCUUAGGUAAUACCGAGACGCUCUCGGACCACCUGUAUAUCAGCUUCGCCGUCUGUACUCACUCAGUGGAGCAAGGCCGCCCAACUCCAUCUGGCGGCGGCCCGAGGUGGUCCCUGAAAGGAUUGGACCGAGACCUGCUCGAGGAAGCGGCGAUAGUGGCGUCAUGGGCCCCUCUGCCUUCGGAGGAUGUGGAAGAGUGUGCUGAAUGGCUCAAUGAGGCGGCGCACAACAUCUGCGACGCCUCGAUGCCCCGCGUAGGACCAGCUAAGCCUCGGUGCCAGAGCUAUUGGUGGUGCCCUGAGCUUACCAGACUUCGACAGGAGUGUGUUGCGGCCCGACGCUGCUACCAGAGGUAUCGCCGACGACGGACUCGAGAGGAACAGAUAGAAGAGUCCGUCUAUGACCAGUACCGUACAGCACGUCGCGAACUGAGGGACGCCAUCAAGGAAGCGAAGAAACGUGCCUGGGAAGAGUUCCUGGAUACGUUGGACCAGGACCCGUGGGGCAAGCCAUAUAAAUGGGUGAGGCAGAAGCUUCGCCCGGCGGCCCCACCACUCACCCAGACUCUGCAACCGGAGCUCCGCAGAACCAUCAUUUCGGCCCUGUUUCCAUCUAGGGCCGAGUGGUCGCCACCUCCCAUGGCACCACCCACUGCGGAGUCCGAUGACGAUGAAGAAGUGCCGCCCGUAUCGGCGGGAGAGCUGGCAGCAGCCGUUCAGAAGAUGGGCCAGAAGAACAGGGCCCCCGGUCUUGACGGCGUUCCGGGACGAGUGUGGGUGCUCUCGGUGAAGCACAUGGAGGAGCGGGUACUCACCGUUUUGACCAGAUGUCUGGUCCAGGGUCGAGUACCCCGCCGUUGGAAGACCGGCAAACUCGUCCUGCUGAGAAAACACGGGCGGCCUGAGGACCAACCAUCGGCCUACCGUCCAAUAGUGUUGAUCGACGAGAUCUGCAAGACGUUCGAGAGGGUGAUCGUGGCGCGUCUCAAUCGCCACCUUGAGAACGUCGGCCCGAACCUCAGCAGCGCCCAGUUCGGAUUCAGACCUCGUCGAUCGACUAUAGAUGCGGUAGCCCGAAUCCGGGCGAUCACAGAGGAGGUAGUUUCCCGGGGUGGGGUGGUGGUGGUUGUGUCACUAGACAUCAGCAACGCUUUUAACACCCUGCCCUGGGCUACAAUCAACGAGGCGCUCAGGUACCACGGCGUGCCAAGGUACAUGCGCAGGGUGAUCCGGAAUUACCUAUCAGAGCGGUCGGUACAAUACCCGACGGAAGACGGCAACUGGGAAGAACAUGAGGUCGACUGCGGUGUCCCACAGGGCUCUUCUCUUGGGCCGACCCUGUGGGACAUCGGCUUCGACUAUGUCCUCCGUGGCGCCGAUCUCCCCGGCGCAGAGAAGGUCGCCUAUGCGGACGAUACAGCUGUCGUCUGCCGUGGCAAGACAGUGCGCGAAGCGGUCAUACUCGCGACGGCGGCGGUGGCGCAAACAGUCCGGCGUAUUGAGUCGCUGGGUCUGAAGGUGGCGCUUCACAAAUCCGAGGCCCUGAUCUUCCAUGGGCCGAGGAACGCCCCUCCGCCCGGUCUGGCUAUCGUGGUUGGCGGAACCAGGAUCGAAGUGGCGUCUUCCAUGACCUACCUCGGUCUGGUACUUGACAGCCGGUGGUCCUUUAAGGAGCAUUUCCGCCGGCUGUCCGAGAAGGUCACCAAGUCUGCUGGGGCUUUAGCCACUCUGCUCCCGAAUCUCGGGGGCCCCAGCUUGGAGUGUCGGCGCCUCUACAUGGGGGUGAUACGCUCCAUGUGUAUGUAUGGGGCGCCGAUCUGGGCCGAAGAUCUGUUGCCCGCAAACGGACUCGUCCUGGGGCGACUGCAGAGGGUAAUGGCGACGCGGGCGGUGCGCGGAUACCGCACCAUAUCGAAGGAUGCGGCCUGCCUGCUCGCCGGCAGCGUCCCGUGGGACAUAGACGCAAGAGCUCUCGCCGACAUCUACUGGCGUUGCGCAGAGGUCCGCGCGGGGGGCAGCAACCCCCUUCCGGACGCCGUACGUCGGUGGAGGGCUCAAGCCAAGGACAGGACACUGGAGUUAUGGGAGGAGCGCCUGCUGGAGCCACGGGUCAGCGUAGACCUAGUGGAGGCCAUUCGCCCGGUUCUGAAGGACUGGGUGAAACGCAAGCACGGUGCUCUCUCGUUCCACCUUACACAGGUGCUGACCGGGCAUGGCUGCUUCGGUCGGUACCUGUGUGAGAUAGCCCGGAGAGAGGAGUCAGCGCGGUGCCACCACUGCACCGCGGACAGGGACACGGCCGAUCACACCAUCUUGGCCUGUCCCUCAUGGACCAGACAAAGAGCGGCCUUAACGGCCGCCAUCGGACCCGACCUCUCGCUGCCGGCACUGGUGCAAGCCAUGCUGAGCAGCGAGCACCACUGGAGAGACGUAGAGAGAUUUGCCGAGGAGGUGAUCUCCAUUAAAGAGGAAGCCGAGCGAGUCAGAGAGAGGGAGGCGCUCGACCCUCAUAGGAGACGACGGCCGAGGCGUAGACGGAUCGUCCAAAAUGGCCGAAACGUCCCGCCUUAGCAGGGGUACUCGGGGUGGCAGUGUGGGGACGCCGCCGCCCAUUGCACCGAGUCCCGAGACGGUCGUGAUGCGCCUCAUGUUCCUGCGCAUCGCGACACCGCCGGUG